AUGGGUAGCAAAGCGAAGAUGUUCAAGUGGUCAAAAACCAUCACACCUUCACAGGUUAUCAAACUGAUGCGAGCUGAAAAAGACAUAGAGAAGUCAAUUGCAGUUUUUGAUUCUGCAACAGCGGAAUACGCAAAUGGUUACUUACAUGAUCAGAGUUCUUUUGGUUAUAUGGUAUCGAGGUUGGUCUCUGCCAAUAAAUUCAAAGCAGCUGAAGAUUUAGUUGCAAGAAUGAAGACUGAGAAUUGUGUUAUUAGCGAAGAGAUUUUGCUUUCGAUAUGCAGAGGGUAUGGUCGGGUUCAUAGACCAUUUGAUUCUUUGAGGGUUUUUCACAAGAUGAAAGAUUUUGAUUGUGAUCCUAGCCAGAAGUCUUACAUUACUGUUCUUGCUAUUCUUGUGGAAGAGAAUCAGUUAAAAUUGGCCUUUAAGUUUUACAAGAAUAUGAGAGAGAUUGGUUUGCCUCCUACUGUUGCAUCUCUCAAUGUUUUGAUCAAAGCUCUCUGCAGAAAUGAGCAGACAGUGGAUGCUGGUCUUAAGAUUUUUCUUGAAAUGCCUAAGCGAGGGUGUGAUCCGGAUUCUUACACAUAUGGAACUUUGAUUAGUGGUUUGUGUCGGUUUGGAAGGAUAGAUGAGGCGAAGAAGUUAUUUAAGGAGAUGGUUGAAAAAGACUGUGCACCAACUGUUGUUACGUAUACUUCUAUGAUUCAUGGUUUGUGUGGGUCGAAAGUUGUUGAGGAAGCGAUGAGAUAUCUAGAAGAGAUGAAAAGUAAAGGCAUCGAGCCGAAUGUUUUCACUUACAGUUCUUUAAUGGACGGUCUUUGCAAAGAUGGGCGACCUUUGCAAGCCAUGGAAUUAUUUGAGAUGAUGGUGGCUAGAGGCUGCAGGCCAAACAUGGUAACGUAUAGCACUUUGAUCACUGGUCUCUGUAAAGAGCAGAAGAUUCAAGAAGCCGUUGAACUUCUUGAUAGAAUGAAUCUUCAGGGUUUGAAACCUGAUGCUGGAUUAUAUGGAAAAGUAAUCAAUGGGUUUUGUACUGUCAAGAAGUUUCCUGAAGCUGCCAAUUUCCUCGACGAGAUGAUUCUUGGGGGAAUAACUCCAAAUCGUUUAACUUGGAACAUCCAUGUUAAGACAAGUAAUGAAGUAGUCCGAGGUCUUUGCACAAGUUAUCCAGGUCGCGCAUUUACUCUAUAUCUAAGCAUGAGGAGUAGAGGCAUCUCGGUUGAGGUUGAGACACUAGACUCUUUGGUGAAGUGUUUGUGCAAAAAGGGUGAAUUUCAGAAAGCAGUUCAAUUAGUUAACGAGAUGGUGACUGAUGGGUGUAUCCCAAGUAAAGGAACAUGGAAGCUACUAAUAGGCCACACAUUGGAUAAUACGAUCGUAGGAGAAGCUACAGAAUCUCUUCUCAGAGAUUUGAAGAUCUAA